AUGGCGGAAUACAAGAAGGCGCAGGCGCGCGUGCGAGACCUGGUCGAUCGGCGCAGGCAGUUGGAGCGCCGUCUUGCUGCAAUGGAGGAGAGCAUCAUGCAGAAGGAAUCAGCGUAUCUCGACAGCACGCCGAACGGCAACAUCAUCACGGGCUUCGACAACUACAUGAAGGGCACGAGUGGAGCGGCUGCGCAGCGACGCAAGACAGGCCCUGCAGAACAGCAUCGCGUCUUUUCACGCUCGUCGAUCUCUUACCGACCGAAUAACGGGGACUCUUCGACUCCCGGAUCAGUAGGGUCAACGCCUGCGCCGACGCCACUGUCGACAACGUUCCGGGAUAGCGGGUCGAGUAAUCCCACGCCGACGUCGGCGGGCGGGAGCAAGGCGAGCAAGUCGAAGAAGAAGGACACGGAAGAGAGCGAGAAUGAUGCGCAGACGAAUAAGAAGCGGACGAAUUUCGGGGCGUCGAGGAAGUAA